GUGGAGGGGAAGGGUCGAUCUGCAAUUUGUGCAAUCCGUGUCCCCUAGUCUACUCGGUACAUUUCAGAAGGAGGUAGAGAUAGGGUGAGGUACCCGGCAGUUUUGGCUCUCGCUUCUUCACUCGCCCUAUCUAUAGAUCUCUCCAUCUUUCGUAACCAUUAUCCCUUUUCCAAUCGUCGGUUGAUGAGUUUUUGGGUUUAGCGGAAUGCAUGUCUCACUGCUUCAUCAGUUUUGCCAUGAAGUUUACUAAUUUCUUCCCCUGACGGUUGCUGCUUGAGCUCGGACCGACCCCGCGUUCUCUUCCAUAGUCGUUUCUCAACAAGUUUCUACAGGGUAUACUGUGUCCGGUGUACGGACCCAGCCAAGAUGGCGCGUUUCUCCGAAGCAACCAAAUAUGCCAGGCUUCUGCAUGCCACGGCGGCACGAGUCUGAACAGCCUGGAGUUUGUCCUCCAACGUGCAGCGGGGAAGCGGCGGAGCAGCACAUCAUGACGCAGGUUGCCAGGACAGUUGCGUGGCUUGGGUCCAGGAGUUCUCCGCACCCUGAGCUCUCAAACUCGCCUUCUCGAAACGUCUUCGCCAGUCAAAAAGAUCCCGCAACCGUUCCGAGAACUGUGCCCGAAGUAAUCUCAACGACGCUCAACAUUCUCAUCCCAUCGUCAUUUUCUUUUCUUCCUAUCUGUCCUCCCGGAAGAUUCCUACUACUGUGUCCAUGCAUGUCCCCCACGUCAGCAAUCAACCCUCUCACCUCCUUCCCCUCGCCCACGUUUCCCAUGUAUCCUUAUCCCUUAUCUUCUCCCCCUGCGUAUCGCUCCACAGGUAUGUAUCUAAGUAAGGCACAGAACACCCCGUUCAACAACCUUCCUCCCGCAUGCACAUCCCAUAAUCGAUAUUGCCGUGCAUGGACGGAGUAUCCCCCCCCGACUCCGCAAUCUAUUCAACGUGUCACGGCCCAGGGGGUGCUGCAGACGGGGUAAUUUAGCGGGCAUGGGAGAGGUACAUGGUACAUGGUACAUAC